GAGCCCUUUUCAGGCCGGGCCGGGCGGCGGGGCCGCACUCCGGCGGCGGCACCGACGGAGCGACGGGUAAAGGAGUCGAGACAGCUGCGUGGUUAUGCGCUGGGGCGAUGGUGCCGCCGGCCGGCGCUAGGCUACUCCCGCACCCGGGCAGGAGCCCCCUCCUCAGCAUCCUUCUCCUGCUGCUCUGCUCCGGCGCUGGGUGCCUGCCGCGCCGCCGGCCCGCGGGGCCGCCCGUAGUGCUGGUUCCAGGGGACUUAGGCAAUCAGUUGGAAGCAAAAUUAGAUAAGCCAUCAGUAGUGCACUAUCUCUGCUCUAAGAAGACUGACAGUUACUUUACGCUGUGGCUGAACUUAGAAUUGCUCCUGCCUGUCAUCAUUGACUGUUGGAUUGACAAUAUCAGGCUGGUAUAUAAUAGAACAAGCAAAGUAACGGAACCACCAGAUGGAGUGGAUAUCAGAGUCCCAGGUUUUGGGCAGACAUUUUCCUUGGAAUUCCUUGAUCCAAGUAAAAGGAGCGUUGGCAGUUACUUCUAUAUGCUGGUACAGAGUUUAGUAGACUGGGGCUACAAACGUGAUGAAGAUGUGAGAGGAGCACCUUAUGACUGGCGAAAGGCACCAAAUGAGAAUAGAGAUUAUUUUGUGGCCCUUCGCAAGAUGAUAGAAUUGAUGUAUGAGCAGUAUGGAAGUCCUGUUGUCUUAAUUGCCCACAGCAUGGGUAAUAUGUACACCCUGUACUUCCUCAAUCAUCAGACUCAGGAAUGGAAAGACAAAUACAUAAAAGACUACGUGUCAUUAGGUGCUCCAUGGGGAGGAGUGGCCAAAACUCUCCGUGUGCUGGCUUCAGGUGACAACAAUAGAAUACCAGUCAUCAGUUCACUCAAGAUUCGAGACCAGCAGAGAUCAGCUGUUUCCACAAAUUGGAUGCUCCCCUACAACUACACGUGGCCUGCAGACAAGGUCUUUGUAAGCACACCUACUGCUAACUACACCCUGCGGGACUACAGGAAAUUCUAUAGGGACAUUGACUUUGAAGAUGGCUGGCUCAUGAGACAAGACACUGAACCCUUGGUCUACCAGAUGAUACCACCUGGUGUACGCAUACACUGUCUUUAUGGUACUGGUGUGGAAACACCUGAUUCCUUCCAUUACGAAAGCUUUCCUGACAAAGAGCCCAAGAUUAUUUACAGUGAUGGGGAUGGUACAGUGAACUUACAGAGUGCCUUGCAAUGUCAAAAAUGGGUGGACAUGCAGAAACAGGAAGUGGUGAUAUUUGAGCUUUCAGGAAAUGAACACAUUCAAAUGCUAUCCAAUGAUACUACUAUUUCAUAUGUGAAAAAGCUGCUUUUUAAUUUGUGAUAUGUUGUGUUGACAGUUGUUUUCCUCACCUGUGAUGCCUUCCCUUAAAUAUGGGAGAAUGCCUUUUGAUCUGUUGAUACUUAGAUAUUUGAAUUAUUUAUUUUGUUUUGUUUUUUUAAAAACUACGUUCAAGGAGUUGGUUGGUGUCCUAAAUAGUUGUUUGUCUCUGAUUUGUGUCCAUGAAGAUUCAUAGUAUUUUCAUAUUCUAAGAACUUGCUCAAAUAUGAGUUUUGUUGCCUCCAGUGUUGUCCAGUAUUCACAGACUUCCAUUUAGAGACUGUGCAGCCCCAUGCACGUACUUUAUGAUUUUUUUUGUGGUCUUUGAAGGGUUUGGAGUGGGAGGGCUGGGAAGCAUUGCAAUCUGACUCCCAUAAAACAAGGGAAGGAUAUUAACAAUUUAAGAAACCCAUGCAAAUUCUUUUCAAAGGAUUUUCUGUAUUCUGAUCCCACAGCCCAUUAACUUAGUUUUCAAAUGUAUAUAUCUACCAGGUAAAAUGGGUGUGAGGUCUGUCUGGUACUGUUACUAUCUUUUUUGUCAUAUCCACCCUUGCUUUUGUUAAGGUUUUUCUGGGGGGAACAAUGGUGUCUGAAUUAUUUUAAGCUUAUUUUAGGUACCAUAUAGCUUUAAAAAAGAACAGUUAGCUUAUUGAAAGCCUGAUGACUUAAAAUCUGGAGCUUAAGGGAUUUUCACACUGCUUUAUUUUUUUUACGAGGGGAAAGAAGCUGAACUGUGGUCAGUGCUCUGCAAUGCCCUUCCUCUUCUGUGUAGAGUAGCAUGUAAAUUAAAGCUGGUAGAGCUGAAUACUGGCAAACAAUGCAUACAGUGCAGGAUUGCAAUUUUGGGUGAAAAAUAAUCAUCUAAAGUAGAAAUGGAUGCUGAGUAUUCAUGAAAAAUGAAGUAACCUUCCUGAACUGGGGCAGGGAGUGGAAACCAGUGUAAUUCAGUAUGAAAUAUAAACCUCAUUGUCAGUCAAGUAAUUAACUUCUAAUUCAUUUACCGGUUAAGUAGUGAUUGCAUUUUCAGGAAGUUGAGAUACACUGUUCCUUAAAUGUGUAGAUAAUCAAACAAGUAACAGUUAAAUUCCCACAGUACUGUGUUUUCAAUGCUUAGAAAAACAUGUUUCGGCUUUGAACUCCACAGAAGUAAUAACCUAAGGGCCAUGGCAUGUACAACCAUGGGAGAAAUAAUUUCACUAGGAGAUUCUCUUUUGCUUGCUACAAAACCAGGCAUGCAGUUAGAAUGGACUUUUUCAGAAGAGACCUUUCAAUGCUUUCUAAAUGCUGGGUCCUCCAGGAAAAAAUGGCUUAAUCUCCAAAACUCAUUGGAAAUACUGAGAAUUCAUUUACUUAAGAAUAUGAAGUUCUCUGAAAGGUAAAAUUAUAACUAUUUUGGUGAAAUCCUUGCGGCCAUCAGAUGUAAAACUAAUAUUUUUAAAUGAUGGGUUUGAACUCCUGUUGUAGAAUGCAAAUACUUUAGCACAGGAGGUAGCCUUAAAGUUUCAAACUGUAAUUCAGAAUUCAUUUAUAAGUCUAAAAAAAAAAGAAAAGUCAAGCUAGAAACCUAAAUAAGCUCAAUAUCUUCCUAGGUUUGUAAUUGCUUAUUUAGCUUUGCUUUUUCACUGCAUCUUGGAAAUGAGGGUGAAGAUGCAUUUUCCUGAUGUUUAAAAAGGAAUUGUCAUGUCAUCGGUUGCCCACUUCAGCACCUAUAUUGUCUGCACUUUCCUAGAGAAUAACCAUGCUGUCCCAAGCCACUUGUAACUGGUUACUGCUGAAAUGAAGAGGGUUGCAAGGAAAGCACACAAGUCCUUUAGCUGAGUGUUCUAUGUUAUGCAGGGCUGUCAGUUGUGUGUUCCAAGACUGCUCAAAGACAAAGCUCUUCCUGUGGUCUGACUUUUUUUUUUAUAUAUAUAUAAAUUGCUACACUACUGGCUUGUAACAGAAAGAAAUUACUGACAACAGCCUUUCAGCAACCUUUCUUGCUGAAGAAGAAUGCCUGUCAAUAGACACUCAAAUGAGUAGAGUUGAAAGCUUAACUGGGGGCUGCCAGCAUGGGCAUGAAGGGCUGAAAGCUGAGAAAAGUGUAAGCAAACAUUUCUUAACCUGAUCUGGAGAAUGUUUCUAAGCUUCAUUUAGAUCCGUAUCACUUUAGUUAGUUGCAUUCUCAGUCUCAGACAGUGAGUUUUGCACGAAGAUCCAAAGGAGGUUGUUUCAAAAGAUGCUUAUUAAAAUUUUAGUACUUUUGGGAGGCACAAAAAGAAACAUUCUUCUCUGAUUUUGGGGAUCUUGUGCUGUUUGACAUCAGUUAGCUGCAUCUCUUAACUGAUGGUUUGUGAACAAUUAAUCUACAUUUAUCUUUAGCUGUCCAUGAGGAGAUAAGCCCAAUAGUCUGUGUUUAAAUAAACUUCUGUCUGCUUUCCUGAUUAAAAGUAAGUUUUUUCAGGUCUUUGUAACAAAACAAAACACACAUUCUCAGACAACAUGGUUUUACAGUAUGUGAUAGGGCAAGUACAGUCAGUGCUUCUGGUGAGAGUCUGACCUGAUAAUUUCACAGACUAUAGUUUCAUUUUACAUCUACAGCUUGAGAUUUUUUUAUUUUUUUUUCCUACUAAACCAUCUUCAGCCUCUUCAGUUUCAGUUUCUUGCAAAUCAGGAUGGAGUUUUCAUUGUCAAGGGAAAUGCAGCAAGUUCAUUAUUCUGGUUACUGAAACUGAAUGGCUCAACUCAGCCCUUUGAAAAGUGCUUACCAGGUAACUGAGGCAUUCCUUUGAAAGGCAAGAGUAUUUAGCAUUAUUUUACAGGCCUGUCAGAGCCAUAGUAUUUAAGCAUUAUAGAAUUUUGUGGGGAAUUAGUGUUCUAAGGCCUUAUAUCCUUAAGGAAAGAUGGGCAGGCGCCAAUUACUCACAAGGAGUAACUCAGGUGCUUUGCCAUGCUGCAUAGUUGACAUCUUUGAAUUUACUGACACGUCUUUGUUGUACCUGACAUGUGGAUCAUAUCUCUUUCUGUAACUUUCACUUGGUUUUAUUCUUCCAGAAUGUUUUUAGAAACCAAAAGCAGUCUUGAGGACCAAAUAUGUUUCAUUUAGACUACAUGUACAGAAAAUGCUGGAGGGGCUUUUAUCAUAAUACUUCUGAAGAGGCUCAGAGUCACUGUGUGAUUCUGUUUAAAAACAGAAAGCUUCAAUAACUAGCAAUAAUUGCAAAGGACUUGCAGACCAAAGGAAGGAAUGUUUGGUAUUAAGGUAGUUCUUGGAACACAGUGUGUUCAAGGCCCUCUUAAAUUCAGGGAAUGUUUGGCAAAGACUUUGCUGCUCUACAUUUAACAGUAUUUUGUACGGAACGUAUAUUCUGAGACCUAGCAUUUUAUAUGCCCUUUUUGUGUAUGAAUGCAGUUGAUAGAUUUUGAAUAUUUUAUUGUCAUACUUUGAUAACAUAAUAAAGUUGAUCUAACAGAA